AUGGCAGGCACAGGUGGAAAACGUUUAACGAGACAAGGAUUCGGAUACCCAGAAUCGACGGCUGGUCAGGGUGAGAUUGCGGGCCCGCAGGCGUCGUCAUCAUGCGACCGCAGCUCUACAUUGGUUGGUGACUUGGCUAAUUUUUACUAUACGUUUACAGGUGCUUAUGGCGAUGAACCAGACAAGUUAGUAAAUGGAAUACCCGCGAACAUAAAAGACUAUCCGCAUUGUGUCUCCAUAAGGGUCGACAACACCCACUUUUGCGGCGGUAGCAUAAUUGACAAACAGCACAUUCUAACUGCCGGGCAUUGCGUAGCGCCUCUAAUUCAGGACUCCCGUCUAAGGAAAUCUGUAACCGUUGUUACUGGCACAACCUACCUCAAUGAAGGUGGACAGAGUCAUAAGGUGGAAAAACUGUGGUAUCACGAUGAUUAUAAUCCUCGCGCCAGUAGAGGCAAUUACGACAUCGGUUUGAUAAAGUUGGCUUCGCCCAUUGAGUUUGGUCCAACACAACAGCCAAUUAAGCUCCCAACGACGACUAUAGAAAAGGAUGAUGACGUCACGAUUGCAGCCUGGGGUUCUAGGGGCUUCAGAAAACCUGUACAUAACAACUUGCAGAAGUUGAACGCGAAAGCAAUGCUUCCGGAUACGUGCCAGGCUUAUCACAAAUUCUUAAUGAACAUUCACAAGGACGAGUUCUGUACCCUCAUCACUUAUGGAACUGGAUUGUGCAAUGGUGACAGCGGUAGCGGACUGAUUCGAAACAGCGACAGAACAAUUAUCGGUCUGGUGUCUGGUGGAAGACCGUGCGCCAGAGGUUAUCCAGAUGUAUACACCAAUGUUUAUUCCUAUCUUUCUUGGAUCGAAGGAAAAAUGAACUACUAACAUUCUUCUUCAUGUAUCCUAUUCUUAAUAUUUAAU